AUGGGUGUGCCAUCUCUCCAACAACAGCAACAAAAGCACCAUAAAUACCCCCAUCAUCAACAAUGUCAACAACAAAGAGAAUAUAAGCACACGACCAAUCGAUAUGAAUGCAAAAAAUUAGGUUUAAUAGCCAUUUUGGCAAUUAUCGUGAUAAUAAAUGUAGGUGAUGUGAAUGCAUUUGAUAGCUUAGCAAAUGAUCAAUAUGAGUUUCAUAAGGAGUUUGAGAGACUUCAUAAGCAAGUUAAGCCACAGACUUAUUCCUUACAAGAUCAGAUAGCUAGCAAUCAACAGUAUAAUCGACGUACACCAGUUUACCAAAAACCUCAGUUUAAUGUUGCUAACGUACCAAAUCGAGAUCAUCAUUUUGGCGUGCAACAACAAGAACAGCGUCAAGAACAACACCAACAACAGCAGAGAAUAUUGGAGAUUGAAAACACAAAAUAUUCAUUAUGGCCCCAUAAUAUGACAUAUUUGAGCUCAACGGGAUAUAAUGCAUUAGGCAUGGUGCAACUGUAUAAUCUCACAAAUACAAUUAUUGAUUUAUUUAUCGACAAAGAUGAACCUAUUCCAGCAGGCUUUAUCGAAAUUGAUGAAAUGAAAGUAAGCUUAGGACCGAAUGUUCAACGACAUCAAUACUAUGAAAUACUUAAGAAAUAUUGGAUCAUUAUUAUUAUUGCUAUUGUGACAAUAAUAACUGCUCUAUUGAUGCCAUUAAUUGGUCUAUGCUUCUGUUGCUGUCGAUGUGCUGGAGCAUGUGGCGGUAGAUCUCAACCAUUUGAUAAGAAACACGACACGUGUAGAAGAUUUUUGCUCGGUUUUAUUCUCCUUUGUGUCGUCUCAUCCAUGAUCUUUGGUGUUAUUGUGGCGUUUGUUACUAACAUAACACUCCAGCAUGGUGUCGAAAAUGCCACGAUAUCAGCACGUUAUGCUGUUGACGAUACACGAACUUAUCUCAAGUCGACAUCAUAUCAAGUCAAUCAUCUUCUUGUGACAAAUUAUGGCGAAUUAAAGGAGCACCUGUUUCAUACUCUUGAUAAGACAUCCGAGACAGUUGUUGCAAAAUUAGAUAAGGCAUCUAAUGCUGUUUCGCUUGAUACACUACACGACAUUGUCGAGUCAUUACCACAAAUACAAAGUGAUUUGCUCGAAAUGAACAGAGUAUCGAAGGAUAUGCAACAGAAAGCAUCGCAAUUGAAUGACGGACUUCGUGGGGUUAAACGUGAGCUGUUGAAUGCAUUGCAACAAUGUCGCACGAACGAGUGCAAGCAAGUCCAACAGGACUACGAAAUUGGACGUUUGGAUGAGAAUAAUAUUCAUUACGAUAAGGAAUUAGAUCGAUAUUAUCCAAGGCUUCCCGAUCAAACAGAAAUAAUCAAUAAUGUGCAGUCACUAUUGGAUGGACCUCUUCAACAAACUGUUGAUACAAGUGAAAAGAAGAUUAAGGAUAUCAGGAAUGAAAUCGAAAAUAUCAUAAAAUCAAAUGUGCCAGAAGUUAAAAUGUCUAUCAAUAAAGUUGGGCAGGCAAUGCAGGAAAUCUCUAAUCGAGUAACACGUGAAAUUGAUGGAGUUUCGGAUUUAGUUGGAAAUAACACAUAUAAAUAUUUCAUCACUGCCGAUGACUAUAUUGCUCAAUAUAGUAUUUAUCGUUAUUACGGAGGACUUAUUGUCAGUUCCGUUUUGCUCAUUAUUCUCGUAUUUGCAACAUUUGGAUUACUGUGUGGAAUUUGUGGAAAGCGUCCAGACGGCUAUGGAGAUGAUUGUUGUACGAAGGGGGCUGGAUCCAGAUUUUUGAUGUGCUCUGUCGCUAUAAUCUUCCUUACAAUAUCUGCCUUGCUCAUAAUCUGUCUGACAUUAUUCCUUUCUGGACUUUUGAUGCGACGUGGUGUUUGCGAUCCACUCAGAGAUCCAGAAAAUGAUCAAAUUGUUACAUCAUACCUUGAUAAAUUUGUAGAUGUCAAUAAAUUUGUCUUUCCAAAAGGUCGUAAAGUUCCGUUACAAACAAAUGUAACAGACGCUGAUUUAAAGCCAUUAAGAAUAUCUCAUAUAAUUGGUGAAUGUCAUCGAAAUAAAUCAAUCUUUAAAGUCUUUGGAGUUGAGAAUCAUAUCAACAUAAGUCAAAUUGAAGAGUUUCCAAAGAAGUAUGGAAUUGAUGUCAAGUUGAAUGAAUUGGCUGAUAAUGUUGGAAUUAGUUCUCAAGUGAAAAUCUUGUCUGACGAAGCGAGACGUGAAAUUCGACAACUAUCAAGAUCACAACUAAAUAAUUUCCAAGCAUACAAAUAUGUUGAUAAUCUUACACAAAACAUAACACACUUUGAUCUCAUUAGUCUCGCAGAUCGUUUGAAAGUCGCAUCUACACGUUUGUCAACCAGCAGUGAAAUUAAAACAAAAAUUGAUGUUCAAGAGUUACACUUGCGUACAUACCAAAAGAAUUUAGUAGAUCCAUUGCUUAAUGGAACAAAUCGAUUGCUUUCACUUGCAAAAUCAUUAGAUGAGAAGCUUCAUUUUAAGCAGACGACUUUCGAAAAAGCCAUCAUCAAAUUGAUCCAAGAAAUCGAUGAAGCUGAACGUUUCCUUAAUGAACAAGGAACAUCGUACGUUCAGCAAAUUUCUCAUGAACUGCUCGACAACUUUAGUCGUAAUGUUAAAGCAUAUUUAAAUCUUGUCAUUAAUACAACAACCAAUGAUGUUGGACGUUGCGAACCAAUUAGUAAUGUUUAUAAUUCGACGAUUGUUACGGUUUGCAAUCGUGUCGUAGAUCCAUAUAAUGGUUUCUGGGCAGGUGUCAUCUUUUGUGUCCUUUUGUUCUUCCCAACCAUUGUACUUAGUGCAAAAUUAUCGACACUUUAUCAAAAAGUAGAUCCUUAUCCAGGACCCUUAGUCGAAGCAGAGUAUUUGUAUGAUGCAUACAGUGAGCGAGAUAACAUACCAUUGGCAAAUGUUCCAAAGAAUAAACGUCGCCGUAAAAAUGACAGACGUCAAGGAAGAGAUAGACGUGGUGAUUAUUAUGAGGAAGCUAGUCCAGCACCUUCUUCAAGUAACCCUCGCGAUGCUAGAUAUAAUGAUAUGGCACCAAAAAAUUGGGAUAAUGCACCACCGCGUUACCAAAAUCCAGUAGCACCACCAUCAUCAGAAUACGAACGUCCCCCUCCAUACUAUUAUAGUGGUUUUGGUCCAAGUACAGCACCAAGUGAAAAUGAAUAA